UUUCUUGCAGUAUCCUACCGUUUUGUUUAUUUUUUUAAUUUAUACGUAAAGUUCUAAGGAAGUCUAAUGGUUGGAAUCAAUACUGUGGUAACAGUAAUAAUAAAUACAUUAAACUAAGGUGACACAUUUGUGUUUUUCGGCGAAUUUGGGAUUAAAAUUAAAUUAUGGAGAGCGACGAUGGGUUAUCAACAAUUGGAACAGCAAGCACUGACACGAGCAUGUUUAUUCGUGAGCUUCAAGCAUUAAACACUGAAGGAAAUAAUACAGGCCUUAAUCAAGAAAGACAAAGUUUACUAUCUGACACAGUAACUGCCUCAGGAGAUGAUGGAGAAUCUCGGACCUUAACUCAAGCAAUGAAAACUUUAAUUGGAAACAGGCCACCACAAAUUAUUGAUCUUGCUGAAAAUAUUGAUGAAAGUGGAGCUAGUGUUUACAGUCCAGAUGUAGAUAUUUAUGUUGCACCCUCUACAGCUGCAUCUUCAGCUAGCAAUAAGGUUAAGGUGACACCAAUUGUAAACUUUAGCUGGGAAUCAAAGUAUUACCAUGGUAAUCUCGUUGCUGUUCACAGAGAUUUGGUUUUUGUAGCUUUUGUUAUAAAAGGAAAAGAAAGUGGUAAUGUUCGAGUAAUAUCCAGGAAGUCUGCUGACAGAGUCCUGUUAAAGUUUUUCAGUGGUACAGUUAUGGACAUCUCAUUUGCAUUGUCUGACGAUGUAUACCUGGCUGCUGCUGAUGAGGGUGGAAAUUUGUUUGUUUACUCCCUCACUGAGGAGGGGGACAAAAUUUCUCAUACUUUAAUACUCCAUGUUGAGAAAGAGAUUUAUGGUAUUGAAUCAAAGUAUCGCCUGUUGACGCGGGUCAUUUGGUGUCCAUAUAUGCCAGAAGAUGAAGCUGACACUGAUUCUAUUGACCCUGCUAAAAUGUUAGUCUUCUUACAUGGAACAGAGGCUGAAGUCUGGAAUGUGGAUCUUGUAGCUAGACAAUAUGGCCCUGGACCUUUGUCAUCCAAGAAAGUGGCAUCAGGUGUUAUGUGUGUGGAACCAUUUGAAAAGAUGAUGCCUGUAGUAAAUGCAGCAUUUGCACCAGAUGGGUCCGCUAUUGCAGUGGCAUACCUUUCUGGGAUAGUAAAGUUCUUCUUGGUUGAUUUAGAAGGGGAAAGCUCUGAGACAGAGUGCAUGUAUGACUGGAACCCACAUGAUGGACAGCCUGUCACAAGUCUCUAUUUUCUAGAUGACCACAAGCAUCCUGUUUCAGACUUACAGCUGUGGAAGUUUGCUCUUACUGGAGCCCGUCAUAACACAGAGAUUAAACUUUGGAGCUGUGAGACCUGGGCUUGUGUUCAGACAAUCACAUUCCAUUCCCCUCUUGGUGAUCCUGAUCAAGUUCUUCAUUUGAAGUCAGAAAUUGACUUAACUUCAAAAUACCUGGCUUUAUCAGACAUAAAUGCUCAGAAACUGUACAUCCUUCAGAUCUAUCAAAACUACAGCAAUAGCACUUCCCAUGUUAGCUCCAUAUCUCAGUUCACUUUAGCUCAGUCUUGUCUUAGCUUUGCCAUUUUUGAGGCCGGCAUGAAAAAGUUCAAACAUUCUGCAAAUGAUUCCCAUUUGGAUGAAAUCACAACAGGAGAGCUAGAUGAAAAUGAUGGGGAUGAAGAUGUCCAAGAAGGCAGAAAUGUAGCUGACAUGGAAGGGAAAGUCACCACAGGUGUACAGAUCAAGAUGUAUGGGAUACACACAAAGACCUUGCAGGAACUGUUGAUUCGCUACCGCCCAGAAACCAGUGUACAACAUCUCUACACUCAAAGUAUAAGCUCCAUUUCUCAGGAAGAGAUAGGCUUGCGAGACAUGCUUUCUGACCUGAGCAUUGACCAGAGUGAAGUUAGCAAUGAUGUAUCCAGUAACCAAAUCAAUUCUCAGCCUGUUCUCAUGACCCCUCAAGCAUUUGCUGUCUCAAGUCCUAGUGCUGUUAAAGGCAACCCUCAGAUGGAUGUGAGCCAGGUCAGCAUGUCCAGCACAAGUAGCUUUACCAACGUGACAGCCAUGAAUGAUGACAUUUUAGGCCUGCAUUCACCCCGCAGUUCUUUUGAUCCUUCAUCAAUCAUGACACCAAAUAGCAUCCUCAUACAGACCCCGACUAGCAAGCCAUCCCCUGGUCAUGUGAGUCUGUCAGAUGUUCCACUACCACCUGUGACAUCAGUGGAAGAAGAUGAGCUGGCCACCCCAAGAAAUCCCAGAAUCCCAGGCUCUGCCAAUCAGUCCCUUAAUGCCUCGACCCGCUCUAACCAGGACAUCCUGGAUGAGUUGUUCUCUGGCACACAAGCGCUUGCCAGUUCUAAAGAACCAGAAUUCAGCACUGGACAGUUUCCUGUCAGCUGUUUAAUGAGUAACCAUGGUAAGGAAGAAGAUGGCUAUGAUGAAAAUGAUAAAGAAGUGGCUGAAGCUCUUGGCUUGCAGGAAGAUGUUGAGGAGGAGAUAGAAACAAUAGGCCUAGAAGAACAUGAAGAGAAAAAAGAAGUUUUAUGGCCUGAACCUCCUGAUGUCUCCACAGAAGCUAAAAGGCUUGUCAGUGCUGCCAUUGAACAAAGCACUCAAGAGGAGGAUGAGAAAGAUUUUUUUGAUGAUGAAAAUGAUGAAGCGGAAGUAGAGGAAAUUAUCCAGAGACAUGUAGAUGAAGAAACAGAUGAAAACAACACAGCACUGGAGGUUGGCUACAACAAGAGAUCACACAGACGAAAUCAUUUUGAGACCCCAGUCAAUGUCUUAACAAGUAUAGAUUCCAGUAUAGCCAACUUAGCAUCCCAACUCCGCCAGCAGCAGAAGCUAAUGCAGGAUAUGCAGUCAGAGCUGAACAGGCAGAGAGAGAUUCAGCUACAGCUGCACCGCCACCAGAUGGAGCAGCAGCAGAUACAGCAGAUGGCAGCCCAGCAGCCAUCUUUAGAGAAAGAUAUCAGCAAGUUGGAAGACAUUCUUGUCACACGCAUGGAACAUUCUCUGGCCCAACAUAUGCAGAGAGAAACUCAGAGAUUGCAGGACUCCUUAAAACAAAGUGAUGUUGUACGUAAACAGAGAGAUGAUGCACUACAAACUGCUGUCAUUGAGCAAAUGUCUCGCAGUGUUAAGGACAACGUUGCUUCUGUUUUAAGAUCUGAAAUUAAACAAACUGUCAACCCAGCUUUACACAGGUUCAUUGAGCCAAUGAAAGAGAAGAUCCAUCAGGAAGUUGCCCACAGACUUACUGCAUGUGACUCCCUGCUCAAAGACAACAUAGCUAAAGCAGUCAAAUCAAAGUCCACCAUGGAUGUACUAGCCACCUCUGUGGGAGACGCCAUCUACCAACAGAUGCAACAGGCCUACACUGACACAUUCAAGGUCUCCAUGUUACCUGCAUUUAAAGCCACCAUGGAAAAAACAGUCAGGGAUGUACAUGGGAUAUUUCAGCAGGGCACCAAAGAAUACCAGCUGUACAUGCGUCAAAAUGUAGAUCAGAUGCUGAAGGAACGUGUGGCUGCACAAGAUAUUGUUAGCAGGAUGGAAGGGGCUGAACAAAGAUUUGUGCAGAGCAUUGACCAGAUGAAGAAUUUAGUUGUGACCAGUGUAAGGAAUGAACUGGGCGGCCAGGUCAAUGAUGCAUUAAGUGGCUUCAAGGAUGAUAUCCUGAAGGAAGUUAAAAAGAUAGUGAAAGAGGAAGUGGGUUCAUCACUGCGUGAACAUGGAGCUACAAUAAGCAAUCAACUUUCUUCCUAUCUGAGAUCUACAGCAGCGACACCUGUGCCGUUAACUGUUGAAGAAGAAAGUAGCAAGGAUAAGAUCAUGAGGGAGCUGCGUGCUGGUAGAGUCAAUGAAGCUUUUCAAUGUGCAUUGUCAGCCAGUAACCUUGAACUUGUGGUGUAUACAUGUGAGGUAGCCAAACCUCUGGAGAUAUUUUCACAGAAGAAAUGCCCUCUCACCCAGCCAGUACUCCUCUCACUCAUCAGCCAACUGUCUGCCAAUCUAGAAAAGAAUUUUGAUUUGAAAUUAAAGUAUUUAAAAGGAGCUGUUUUAAGCCUAGACGCAGAUCAGCCAACUACCUCGGAACACAUACCUCAUGUUCUGGCUGGGCUAGUCCAGCGCCUCCAGACAACAGAUGCCCAUGGGGGAGAUGCUAAAAAAAUCAAGGCUGUCAAAUUUCUUAUAAUGGCUGCCAAGUCUCUGACCACUUGAUAGAGCUGAUACUAAUUUAGUUUUUUAAACAAUUUGAAGAUUCAUUGAUCUGGUUUUAAAUUUAGUGUCUUGUACUGCUGCUGAAAGUUAUUCUUCUUGGUGUUGUAUUAUCUGCCCUUUAUACAUUAAAAAUUGUAUUUGAUAGAUUAAAAUUUUGUUUUAACAUCUAGCAUCAUGACAUAGCUAUUCUUGACACAUAACAGUCAUCAUUAAUUAAUAGUAAAAUGUUUAUGGCAAAGCUUUCUCUUCAGUUCAGUUAAACACAUUUGAUACAUGAGGUACCAAUAUAAAAAUUCAUUAUUUAAUUAUUUUUGUUGCAUUUCUUACAUUAAUCUUCAGUGUUGAA